AUGGACGCCAUCGGCUCGAAUCUCGGCCGAAUCCGCGAUCAGUACUCCCAACAAUGCCUGUCCGCCUUCUUAAAUCUGCUCCGCCGCGAUCACGGCGAGAAGCGCGUGCAAGCCAACCGGUUCUACCAGACCUACAUCGCCGACCCUCACCAUGCACACCUCAAGGAUACGCGCUGGGGCAGUCUGACUCGUUUCGCCGAAUGGCUUGGCCGCGAAGGCAAAAGAAACGCGAGGAGGCGGCCGACCGGCGACGAGAGGAGCGCCAGCUGGAGGAGCAGGUCAACAGGGCGCAUGCGCAUGCGAGGCAUCAAAGUCCUCCUUGACCUACGCAAACUGCGUCACUCGGCUCCACACAAAGACGCUGACGCAACUGUCGCGUUUCGAUUCGGUCCUAACGCGACUGCCUCUGCCAGCCACACUUUCCAACCGGAGAAGGCCCCAAAUAUCUUCAAGGCAGCAGUGCAGAAGAGAAAACGACCAGUGGAGGAAUCUGCUGAGUCGGGUCGGCAAGGUUUCCCCCUCAAACAACCUCUAUGA